AUGGCUGAACAACACAGAGGACCUGGGAGACCCAGAAGGAAUCCAAUUCCUAAUCUGCCUGAAAUUCCAAUUCCCAAUCCAGCUGGUGAUGCCAAUGUACCUUGGUUGCAGAUGAUGCAACAAAUGCAACAACAGAACCAGAUGAUGAUGCAAAUGAUGCAAGGUAUGCAAGGGAAUCAACAACAACAACCAGCUGCUCCUGUUCCUCCAGUUCCUAAUGGGUCAGAUUUUUGUGCUUUCUUUCGGAUGACUCCUCCAGAGUUUGCAGGUAGCCUGGAUCAUAUUGUAGCCCAUGAUUGGUUGUAUAGCAUGGAGAGGAUAUUCCAGGCUAUUCAGUGCACUGAGGAGGAAACGGUUAUUUUUGCUGCUCAGAAACUCAAGGGUCCUGCAGGUAGGUGGUGGGAUACUGCCUCCACUCGCUUCACUUCUCAAGGGAUUCCUAAGGAUUGGGAACAUUUCAAGACCGCUUUCUUAGAGAAGUACUUCCCUAACAGCAUCCGUGCCCAGAAAGAAAUAGAGUUCCAAUUAUUCAAGCAAGGAAAUCUCACUGUUUCAAAAUAUGCUGAAAAAUUUGAGGACAUGGCUGCUUAUUCCAGACAAGCUGUUUAUGCACCAGAUGAGUUAUGGAAGAUUGAUCAGUAUUUGUUUGGCCUUAAUGCUGAUAUUUCCCACAGUGUGUCUCAGAGGGAGUUCACUACUUAUGCUGAGUGUCUCCGACAAUGUUAUGUUGCUGAAAACAGUCUGAAGAGGGUUAAGGAAGAAAGGGAGCAAAACCGACCUUUUCGCCAAAACCAAGGGAAAGGGAGCCAAUUCUUGAAGCCUCGUAACUCUCCUCCAGCAAUGAAACCAGCUUAUGUCAACCGUUCAACUCAGCCUCCUUGGUGUAACAAAUGUAGGAGCAAACACCAUGGAAACUGUAGAAGCGGUCCAGUGAAGUGUUACAAGUGUGGACAGGAAGGUCAUCUCCGACCUAACUGCCCUAGGCCAGACAUUCCUGAGAAGACCACAGGGCGAGUGUAUACCUUGGAUGCUCGAAAGGCUCAAGGAAACACAAGUCUUGUUGCUGGUACGUGUUUUGUAAAUAACCAACCUUGUUUUGUUCUUGUAGAUUGUGGAGCGACACAUUCUUUUAUUUCUAAUUCUUGUGUGCGCCGACUCGGAUUUGAGGCUACUAGUCUUUCUGUUCCUAUGUUGAUUUCAUUUGCCACGGAUGAUGUGGUCAAAGCCUUGGAGAUUUGUAGAGAUUGUUCAGUCACUUUCAACGACCGAAGGUUCUCUAUUGAUCUUAUUUGCUUGCCUCUAAAGAAGAUUGAUGUAGUACUGGGCAUGGAUUGGUUGUCGGCCAACUCAAUAUACAUUGGUUGCAAGGAGAAGGCUAUCUUUAUUCCUGCAGAAGAGACUGCUCCUAUUGAUGCGAUUAGGAAUCUAAUCGAAGGUACAAUUAACCUGAUUAGUUUUCUCUAUGUUCAGGAGAGAUCUUUUCUUUUAGCUCUCACCGCAGAAUCUGAAACCAAGAAAGAUAUAUCAAAUAUUCCUGUCGUUUCUCCAGUUUCUAUUGCUCCAUAUCGAAUGUCUCCUGCAAAGUUGAGAGAAUUGAAGAGUCAGUUGGAGGAGUUGAUAGCAAAACAUUUUAUCAGACCAAGUGUCUCUCCUUGGGGUGCUCCGGUUUUAUUGGUCAAGAAGAAGGAUGGUAGUAUGCGCUUGUGCAUUGAUUAUCGACAACUCAACAAAGUGACCAUAAAGAACAAGUAUCCUUUACCACAGAUUGAUGACCUCCUGGAUCAGUUGAAAGGAGCCUGUGUGUUCUCGAAGAUUGAUCUCAGGUUAGGAUAUCAUCAAAUUCGGGUGAAGAAUUCCGAUGUAUCGAAGACCGCAUUCAGAACACGGUAUGGCCACUAUGAAUUCUUGGUUAUGCCGUUUGGAGUGACUAAUGCCCCUGCUGUCUUUAUGGACUACAUGAACCGUGUGUUCCAACCAUAUUUGGACCGGUUUAUGGUGAUAUUCAUAGACGACAUUUUAAUAUAUUCUAAGACGGUGGAUGAGCAUAUGGAACACUUGAGGAUUGUGUUGUCAGUUCUUUGA